CAGGUCAGAAUCGGAGGACCCAUCUGAUCCGUGGAUCAGGAAGUUCCCUUUCCGUUUGGUGGGUACAUGCAUGAAUUGAAUGCAGGGUCCAUUGUCUUCUCCGCCUAGGGCGAGGAUUAUUUGGAAGCUGGAGACUGAGAGAUAGAGAAGGAGCGCCGGUGGCGAGGCACCAUGGGUUUCUGAUGCAGCCAAUCGGCACAUCCACUCGGCUUGAGGAAGUACGAGAGAGCUUGGUGCCUGCAAAUGGCGCUAUGGUGGCGGAGCAGCAUCGGCCGGUGGACAGCGGCGAGGCACAGAUUUUUGCGGCCAAGGAAGCAUCAGCGGACAGGAGGGAGAGCUCGCCUCCGACAUCGGAGCUGUCAACGGGCAAGAUGAAUCCCCAGGCGCCCGGGUGGAACAAGAGAUUAGGUGCUGCCGCAACGAGCAAAACACCCUGCCCAAAUCAAAUCAGUGAGUUCGAGAAGGAUGUUAGGUGUUUUGCUGAGAACCCAGCUGAAAAUUUGAUCAAACCAGUUCUUGCGACUACUUUCGACUCUUUGGGCGAGGCGUACGACUUCUACAAUCUGUACUCACGAGAAGAGCCGGCUUAUUGUCAAGAGGACGAAAUGCAUGCAGGAAAUAGUGUGUGGGUGCUCGGGUAAAGCUGAUGUUGAGAACACAAGGUCUUGUUGCUGUGAGUACCCUGCUCUGGUAAGGCUUCUAUGGGCAGAGGACAACGGGUAGUACAUUGCAGAGCAUAGAGAGAAUCACAACCAUUGGAUUUCACCUAAUUUUGUUGAGACAGUCCACUGACCAUUGCACAAGCACAUCGAUGUAUACAGCAGGGACCGAAUAGUGGUAAAUGCAAGUCAUCUCCUAUCUCAGGGAGCUGCAUUUUUCAAGUUGAGAGGCGGUUGCCGUUUAGCGUACAUUGCGAGGGUCGGCGGGUGAACAAGACUAUGCGGCCGAUUAGAAGGUACGCCACUGACCCAAUAGGAUGCGCUGGCAUUUUUAGUUGUGUAUUGCCCCCUUAAAUCAAUCCCCCCUUUCCGCCUAUCGCUUGCCAAAUUCAUGGUGCUUGAGGAUGUGAACGUCUGAACGAUGGUGACAUCCCCAUUGGGUGCUAUAUUAUCCGGUGGCCACGACAAAUAUUAAUGCUGGUCAGCAACAGCCGGCAGUGCCGGUGUUAAGCUGCAACAGCCGGCAGUGCCGGGUUAAGCGUGGAGGGGCAGAUCUGUGCAACGGAGGCGGGGUGAAUGCUGGAAGGCAAGGUUCACCACAUGCAUAGCUCCUGGCUGGACGCAAAGGUCUAUGCGCAAUCAGUUCUACAAAUUCAGAAAAGGGUAAGGAUUGGGGCGGCUGUGCCAGGGAGGACACGUCCUAAUCGCCCAAGUGCCCUGGAGAAGGCAAUUCGUGGGUCCGCUGAGAAUCCAGGGGACAAUGUCUGAUUGUAAUGAAACUGGGGAUACGCCUUGGUUCUUUAGGUGAAGCAUAAGACUUAUACAACUUGCACUCCUGCAAGAAGGGAUCUGGUAUUACAUAUGGGAAAGGCAGACCAAAUGUCGAGCUGUCAAAAUGCAUGCUGCAGUGUGCGGGGAAGGCUGGUGAUGAGAGGUCAUGCCAUUGUGAGUGCCCGGCUCUUAUUCGAUUGUUGCGAUGGGGUGGCCUACAACAAGCAAGGAGAAGUGCCAUAUGAAGGUUUGAGUAAGCUGGCAAGACUGCAAAAUUUGUGCAUCGGCAGGGCCGAUCGUGGGGAUGUUCCGAAACAGUCUUGAAGGCCUGGGGCGUCGAAGUUCACCGGAGGAACAAGUGCACCAAUGCAGAACUAAGACUACAAGGUGGCUGCUGAACAUUGGAGGAAAUAUGAGACCAGUGUGAUGUAUCUGGUGAGCAAAGGAAAACUUUUCUGUAUCGGCCUGUAAUGAAUUAUGAAAUUUUGUGUUGUGCUCUUGAGCAGCCCACGCUGUAUGUUUCUUUAA